AAACUGAGGGAUAUGGCGCAGGGGCAUCGCUGAACAUCGAAGGGGAUUUAAUUCCGUGGAAGUUUCUGAAAAGGUGUCGGAGUACUAAAAUGCAUGUGUGAAAUGGUCUCACUAUCGGAAUCUUGGACGACUACGGCAUCAUUGAUGAAUAAAACGUGGCUGGGGUUAAGGAAUACCUUCCAUUGCAUUCAUAAACAUUUCUUUAGGACUCACAACCCUUGAGUUGUCUGUGAUACAGAUAAACAGCAACUAAUUCAUUUUGUUCAACACACAAUAAGAUGGCUGGAAGAGUAACAAGGAGUAGCGAUUUAGCGCUAGAUGUUGGCAGACUUCAAGAGGAACAUAAAAAGGUGGUGAAAGGAUGUGAGGGCCAGAUUGAACACUGGCAAAAAGUGGUAAAGGACUAUGAUUCUCUUCAGGAGCGCCUCCAAACCCUCCCCGACCAGCUGUCGUACGACAUCACGGUACCGUUUGGGCCUUUGGCCUUCAUGCCAGGAAAGCUGGUUCACACCAAUGAGGUCACUGUUCUGUUGGGUGACAACUGGUUUGCCAAGUGCUCUGCCAAGCAAGCUCAGGACCUAGUGGAACACAGAAAGAAAUGUGUGAAGCACACACUUGAUGACUUGCACAAAGUGGUGAAGAACUUUGAAAACCGAGGACGCUUCACUAAAGACCUGGAGAAGCUCUCAGGGGGCAAAGGGGACUAUGUGGACAUCAGAGAGGAGGUGGUGAACGAGGAAACGUUGACCAAAGGGAAGCGGCGCCUGGCCCACAAGCCCCACUCUAAGCCCAAGAUUGAGCACGUGGUGACUCUGGAGGAGGAACAGGAGGUUGAGGUCGAGGACUUGGUGGGAGUAGGAGGAUAUGAAAGUGGAGACGGCUGCACGGGCGUUCUGUCCGAAGAGGAGCUCUUGGCUCGGCUGGAUGCAUUAGAGGCUCAGGAAGAGCAACAAGACGAACGUGACCGGAUGUGUGACAGCACGGACACAAAUGGGGAGGACACCUCGUCUUCCUCAGAGGAGGAGAAGGAGAAGGAGGUCACGGGCGAGUCGAACAGCAGCCCUCCAGAACAUUGUGCGACCACCAACACACACAGCAGCCAGGUCAACGGACUCUUGCACACACACCCCGAGGAGGAUGAGGAGGAGGAGGAAGACGAGGGAGAAGAGGACCCCAACGCUCUUCCAACCAUCUACUUUUCUCACACCGUGGAACCCAAGAAGGUGCGGAUCAACACAGGGAGAAACACCAUGCUGAAGUUCAGUGAGCGGAAGGAGCAGAAGGAACAGGCCAAGCAGAAGAAGAAGAGAAAUGGCAAAGCCAACACCCGCACGCGCCGCGAGCACCACAAGAUCACCUCCCCGGCAGACAUCUACAGGUUGUUUGUGGAUGUGGUGAAUGGCGAGUUGAUCCCACGCAAGUCCAUCCUGAAGUCUCGGAGCCGUGAGAACAGCGUGUGUAGCGACACUAGCGAGAGCAGCACAGCUGACUUCGAGGAGCGCCGCUCAGCCCUGGGCCGCACAUUCAGCCACGAUGACGUCAUGUACAGCGACACCAGCGACUGCGUCACCGAGGAGGACAGCCCUCCUGGCAUCCCACUGCAUGCUGGGAGCCGCUUCGAGGCCUUCUCUGGUACAGUGGUGGAGAAAGACCCAAUACCCUCCUCCAUACCUCAUCUGACCUUUGCCCCGCCCGCUUUACCCACAAUCCUUGAGCGCAAGUCAGAGGAGCUGUGCACCGAGACCCCUCAGGAGCCACCCAAGCGAGUGUCCAAAUUCAAAGCUGCCCGGCUGCAGCAGAAAUGAGAAGACACACACACACACACACACACACACACACACACACAAAUACACACACACAAAU